GAGAGCUAUAAAGAAGACAAAGGAGGACGUUCGAGUAGAAGAAAGAGGAGGAGAGAAAUGUGAGACAGCGAUUUCUAAAAAAGGUUAAAUAAGACUUCCCAGUUUAAAAUAUAAAACCAGAAGCUCAGUAGCAAGGGUUCAUUUUCAACGCAGGUGUUUUUGCUGCUGAAGACUUUCUUUUUCGUGGACUUACUGUAGAGAAACGCAUACCAGAGGAGAAGGUUCUGAGGGUGCAGUGUGGCGGCAGAGUGUGAAAAUGUCACAGAGGCAUCUUCUCAUCUUUCUGGGAAUCACUGCGGCCACUGUUCUGACAGUUCAAGGAUCAUGGAGAGGAGACAACAAAGAGUCUAAUCCUGCUGUCUACCACUCUGAUGACAACUACGAGUGGACCACAUGGUUCAACGUUGACCACCCAGGAGGCCGAGGAGACUAUGAGCAGCUGAACGCCAUUCGCUUCUACUACCGUACCAGAGUGUGUGAGACUCCACGGGCAGUUGAAGCUAGAACCACAGAAUGGGUCCCAGCCCGUGAAACUGGGGAGAUGGUACACGCAGACCCAACUGUAGGUUUCUGGUGUCUCAAUGAAGAGCAAAGUCCUGGACGCAACUGCUCUAACUACGCAGUUCGUUUUCUCUGUCUAAAAGAGAUGGGAAUGAACAUUCAGGGAACCUGGGGUCCAUGGUCCAACUGGAGCCCAUGUCCUGCACUCUGUGGUCAAGUGGGAGUACAACUGCGCUAUCGAAGCUGCCAGCCUCAAUCGCUAACUUGCAAUGGGCCUAAAAUAGAAGGGAAACCAUGCAAUGGCCCUGAAUGCAUGAAGACAGAUUGUUAUCUGCACUGUGUGAUGGGGAGAGUAAAUGCUGACUGUGAUGCUUGCAUGUGUGAAGAGCACAUCCUUUUGGGUUCUGUGCGAAGUGCUGGUGGUCUGACUGCUAAGGGGACAGCCAUCCUUCACUCAGGCAAACUCCUUACCCUCACAGACCACAACGGGCAUUUCCGAAUCCCUGGAAUCUGCCCCGAUGGCAACACAACCUUGACAUUCAGGCUGCUGGGUCAUGCUACUCGUGAUGUCAUUGUGCCCGUCACCAAUGAGCGGACCUCGGUUCUCAGUGUGCAGCUGAAAAGAGCAGAAAAACUUCAUGUCUUGAGCAACCCUGAGAGUAAAGCCAGAAGAGAGGGACAAAGUGCUGCCUUCUGCUGCAAAGUAGCUGGAACACCACGGCCUGACAAGUAUCAAUGGUUUCAUAACAACAUUCUCAUGGAAAUCCAGUCCGAGAGCAUGCUAGUCCUGAAGGAUUUACAUCCAGAGCAAGCAGGAGAGUACUACUGCAGAGCAAGUGGGCCGUCCGGCGCUGUUAAGACCAAACCCGCCACUCUAAAAAUCAUAGGUAGACACCAGCAUUCAUGCAACCCCAAGCCUGAAUCUCACCUCAUUCGCCUUCCACAUGACUGCUAUCAAAACAGCACAAACUCCUUUUACUACAAUGUGGGCAAGUGCCCCUCAAGUACAUGUGCUGGGCAGCUGGACAAUGCUAUCAGGUGCAAGGACAACGUGGCGUACUGCUGCGGUGUGGCAAAGAUGGAAGAGAGGCAGCUGACGUGCCAAGGCUACCACCUGCCCACCAUGGUGGUGACGGAGUGUGGCUGUCAGAAAUGUGUGGACACCAAGGCCGUUGUGUAUGGUCGGGCUAUUGCAGCAGACAAUGGUGAGCCAAUGAGGUUUGGCCACAUCUUCAUGAAUGGAGUUAGAAUUAGCCGCACAGGAUACAAAGGCACCUUCUCUGUCCAGGUUCCCCCUGACACUGAAAGACUGGUGUUGACUUUUGUUGACAACAUGCAGAAAUUUGUCAACACCACAAAGGUGCUCCCAUUUAACACUAAAGGGGGAGCUGUUUACCAUGAAAUCAAACUUCUACGGAAGAAAGCUCCUGUGACCAUCAGCUCUUUAGAAACUAACACUCUAGAUCUAGGGGAAGUAGAGGGCCAGGAAGCAAUGGUCCAAAUCCAGAUUCCUCCUCAUUCCUUCUAUAAGGUGAACGGAGACGUCUUUACUGGUAAUGUCAAUGCAAGCAUUACAUUCUUAGACCCAAGAGAUGUCUCCACCGCGGCUGCUGCUUCAAGUGACCUUCAUUUUAUAGGAGGUGAAGGCGAUUUACUUCCACUGAGAACCUACGGCAUGUUUUCAGUUGACUUCAGAGGUGAGGGAAAUAAUGAGCCUCUAAAUGCAGGUGAGGUGAAGGUGUUCCUGGACUCUGCUCAGGUGACAAUGUCAGAGCACCUCAGCAACAUGAAGCUGUGGUCACUAAACCCUGAAACUGGCCUGUGGGAGGAGGAAGGAAGUCUGCAGCUAGAGAAGAAAAAGAGAGGCAAAAGGGAGGAGAGAACGUUUUUAAUUGGAAACAUGGAGAUCAGAGAAAGGCGUCUGUUUAAUCUGGAUGUUCCUGAAAACCGUAGGUGUUAUGUAAAAGUGAGAGCUUUCCGCAGUGAGCGUUUCAUGCCCAGUGAGCAAGUAGAGGGAGUUCUGGUGAGUCUUAUAAACAUGGAACCAACAGCAGGCUACUCCACUAAUCCACGUGCUUGGGGUCGUUUUGAUAGCAUUGUCACUGGCCCCAAUGGAGCUUGUCUUCCAGCUUUCUGUGAUGAACAAAAACCUGAUGCCUAUUCUGCAUAUGUGAUGGCUAACCUCGGAGGGGAGGAACUGGAGGCUGUUGCUUCUGCUCCUAAACUUAAUCCCAGCCUUGUUGGAGUGCCGCAGCCUUACCUGAGAAAACUCAACUACAGACGAACAGACCACGAGGAUCCUAGAGUAAAGAAGACCGCUUUUAGUAUCAAUGUGGCAAAACCAAGUCCAAAUACAGCUGAAGAAUCCAAUGGACCUGUGUAUGCAUUCGAAAAGCUGAAAGAAUGUGAGGAGGCCCCAUUUAGUGCAGCACACUUUAGGUUUUCAAGAGUUGAAGGAGACCGUUAUGAUUACAACACUGUGCCAUUCAAUGAAGAUGACCCAAUGAGCUGGACGGAGGAUUACCUGAGUUGGUGGCCUAAACCCAUGGAAUACCGGGCCUGCUACAUCAAGGUUAAAAUCAGCAGUCCACAUGAAAUCAAUGUAAGGUCUCGUAACAUGGGUGGCACCCAUCCAAAGACAGUAGGCCAGUUGUAUGGUCUCAGAGACACUCGCAGCAUUCGUGAUAUGGAACAGGCAAAUGUUUCAGCAGUGUGUCUGGAGUUCAAGUGCAGCGGAAUGCUGUAUGAUCAGGACCGUGUGGAUCGUACCCUGGUGAAGGUGAUUCCUCAAGGUAGCUGUAGGAGAGACCAUGUGAACACAAUGCUUCAAGACUAUCUGGUGAACCACCUACCUCUAGCAGUCAACAAUGACACCAAUGAAUUCACCAUGGUGGCACCUCUUGACUCUCUGGGUCACAAUUAUGGAAUCUACACAGAGACGGAACAGGAUCCCCGCACAGCAAAAGAGAUUGCGCUUGGGCGCUGCUUUGAUGGCACUUCUGAUGGCACAUCUCGGGUAAUGAAAACCAACGAGGGCGUGGCGCUAAGUUUCACUUGUGGGGACCGUGAAGUGACACGACAGAGUGUCUUUCAAGCUAUGCAGAGCUCUCAAAGUCAGAUAGUAACAAGCGUUGUGAGAGGAGACAACAGGAAAACCAGACGCCGACAGAGGGCCAACACACUGCGCAGGAGCAGUAAACGUAGCACCAGAAACCUUACAGGGAGGGAUCCACAAGGCAGAAGAUAAGUAACUCCAAAGUUCAUGGCUCUACAAAUAGACUCAGCAAAGAGCUACAACGAGGUCUGGAAAUAACGGGACACUGAAGCAGCUUUUGAGGUUUAAACGAUUUACCAAAACAUAUUCAAGUUGCAGUUAUACUUUAUAAUUAACCUGGUGCAGAAUUUUACAACUAAAUUUUCAGCAUUAGUGUAUCGACAUCCAAAUUGGACUAGUGACUUAGGUAUUAUAGGUUUUUAAUUAUGUAUAGCCCCCUUUCUCAGGAGCCCACAUGUACCUGAACAAAUAUGCAUAAAAUAAAUAAAGUUUACAUUUGAAUACAA